GCCAUUUGCAUUCCUUGGAGAUCACCUGUCAGACGAGCUGUUGCCACUUCAGUGUAGGCUAGCCAUGUCCUUUCCUGUGAUUGGUUACAGCCGUCACCUUAAAAGGAGGGGAUUGCAGGGGUCCAGCUGCAUUCCAGAACUGUCACAAAGGCUUGACAGCUAAAGGAAGCCCUGGGGGAAUAACCGGUGUAGAAAGGUAAGAAUAAGUCAGUGAGAAAGAACCAUAUAUAAAGGAGACGAAAGUACACGACAAGUUUAUACAGUCAGGUCCAUAAUUAUUGGCAUCCUUGAUAAAGCAGCAAAAAAAGACCAUGAAAUAAGUAAUACAGAUACUGACCUAUAUUGUAUACCCCCCACCCCAAAAAAUUUAUUUUAUACUAAUACAACUUCUCAUAGAAAGAGACUUCAAGUUUUUUUUAUUUUUUUUUAAAGAUCAGGGUCAAAAGCACUACACAGCUGAUUCAAACUCACCAAGCUUUGAUUAUUUGAAUCAACGUUUCACACAUUUUGGCAGACAGGAAUUCCGCUUAUAUUUUCUAGUCUCUGAAUAAUAUAAUCAAAUUGUAAAAAUGUAAUGAUAAACUGGCAGCGCUUCCUAUUCCUGAUUCAAAAUACAAUGAAGAUUCCUCUUGACUUGUUCCAUUCAAACUGAAAUUGUAUUGAUCUUUGCACCCUGCUCUCCACUCUGAAGAUACUGGAUAAUUGCGUGAGUGUCAAAUGGCCUGUAGUCUGUCCCUUUAAGUGCUCCCAAAUCUUUAGCCCUGCAAUCAGUAGUUCUGUCGUCCUCAGGGACGGCCCCUGUGGACAGUCCCAAUGAUACUGGUAGUGAGCCUGUCUGAGUGCUCCACUAUCCUGUGCUAAACUUAGCACUGACAAUACCUCCUCUCAUCACACUAACACACUCCCAUGCUUUUGGGUUACAAUGGAACAGGUGAAUGGUGUAGAGUUACCACCAAUGGAGCUGUAUUGCGAUAGGAACAUUGGCCAAACAAGCUCUGCCCUCACCGCGGACAUUGAAGAUUUUGAUGCUAUCGUUUCGGUCACAGAGACGCUGAAUCAAUUGGCAGCACAUGUGGAAGACGAAAGAUUUCGGUCACAGAUUCUGUCAUCGGCUGCUCAGUCUAACCCUGACUUACAGGAAGAUGUGCAGGUAGCCCCUACACAGGAGGGAGAGACACAAGAGAAAGAGGAGCUGGACCUCUCCUCUGUCAUAUCACUCAUCAGCACCCAGACAGCACCUACAAACACCCCUGUUUUGCCUGUGAUUGAAAAGAAGCUUCACCGCCCUCCAAGGCCCACAAAGCUCUCCUCCUCUUCAUCAUCCACUGUUGCCAGUGUUCCCCACCCCUUCUCCACCCUCCUCCCUGGGGCUCUCUCUGCUAUCCUGCGUGUGACCCUGCCCCCUCACCUCACCUCUAACCCCAAGCCCAGGAGGGAGCCAAGUGCCCAGGGCGCACUGACCCUAGAACAGGUGCAGACAGAGCUCCGCGACUUGAGGGAAGAGGUAGAAAUGAUGAAGAGCCAGCACAACAAAGAGAUUCAACUGCUGAUGAAUGAGCUGGAUGAGGAGAAAAGGAUUCGUUUGUCAGUACAGAUGGAGGUGGCACAGAUGAAGAAGCGCAAUUCCAAAUGAGCCGUCAGGCUCAAACAGCAUGACAUCCCCAACAAAGUUUGAACAAGCGGUGAUCUGACUCAGCCUCUGCUGUGUUGGUUUAAAGACUAUCAAUUGUUUGACCAGUUUGUUGUGAUGCGUUCGUGGACAGAUGAUUGAAAAGAAGCCUCACUGUCCUCAAUGCCCACAAUGAAUUAUCAAUAAUUUAUGAAACAGAAAAACUAUAGUGAAUAAUCUUUGUUUAUUUAAGAAGUUGAUAAUGCAUGAGCAUCUUGUACAGAGACAUUUUAUAUUUGCUUAUUUUACUUUUUUAAAUUAAAGAACAUGAUUGUUUUAAUUUUAAGGCAACAGUGGUUUAAAUUACAUUUUAAUUUCUAUUGA